CUCUCCUCCUCCCUAGUGAAGAUCCGCCCCAGGGCAAGCGCAGCAAUCACAAGCCCCAAGGGAAACAACGCAGCUUGACAGACUGUAUCUCCCUCUGCCACGGGCCCUGGGGCAGUGCGAUUUCACACUCGGGUGGCCUCUUUGCCACUGCGCCAUGCGGGAGCAGGGCUCGCGCUCCCUCUCCACCAUGUCCUUGUCAGGAAAAGCCGAUGCUGCCUCCUCCUGCCUUUUCCCCGAGUGCUUUGACACCCUGACCAGGUCCUGCAUUGACUGCUCUGAAUUGUUCAAGGACAACACAAAGCCCAACCGCGUGGCUCCCACCUCCGCCCUGGUGCCCACUCUCUAUACAGUGGACUUGCCCAGAACCCUCCUGAUCUUCGGAGUCCUGAUAGUGGUGGGGAUCAUCCUGGUUCUGGGAUUCCUGGCCUGCAGGGUGGGCAAGCAGAGGAGAAAGAGCAAGGUGGAGGAAGAAGAGGCUGAAGCAAACGUGGACACCAGCUGCCCCCUGCCCAGCCCAGGCUGUCAGGACUCUGCCGUGCUGGAGGGAGAUGCCGCCCUGGCCUCUGCCUCGUGCCUGCAUCUGAAUGGAGGCCUGAAGAUGCCAGGGCCACCAGGGAAAGCUGGGGCAAAGCGGAGCGUGUGCUGCCAAGGCGAUUAUGACGGCGACAUCAUCCUGCUCUCCACUGUGUACCCCCGGCAUGAGGAUCACAACCACAGCUUCCCGCUGCCCGCCACCGAGCUGGGGGCCACGGCCUUGGUCACCACCAAAACCACCCAGAACUGCGCCGCCGAGGAGAGAGCCUGAGGACAAGGAGAAUGGAGCUGGAGCACUCUGGCUGCUCCCUGCGGAUCAGAGCCCAUCCCCUGGGUGGGCAAAGCCUUGCAUGGAAGUGAACUCUCUGAGGGCUGCGUUCUGUCUUGAGCAGCAUCAGCCUUCAAGGACAUUUUCCACUUUCCCAUUUGCACUGAAUCCCAAGUUAUGCCUGUAAGCGCUGGAAAACGCCGAAGUGGAUCACACUGAAUUACACUGAACUGCCAACAGCUGUCGCAGCCAUGCCGUUGGGAGAAGGCAGAGGACAUGCCGGUGAGGACAGAGCGUGGCAGGGGCUGCUGUGUCAUUUCUGAGGCUGCUGUUGUGCCAGGGCAGGUUUGCUGCUGGAUGGGCAACUCGUGGAGGCAUGGAGCUCGAAUAGCAGAAGGAGAUGGGGGAAAGGAAGAUGAAAGAAGCAGGAAGUUACAUUAGGAGCAAAUUCCACACCUCUGCCAUUAGCUCAAUUUUUGCCACUGACCUCAAUAAAUGGAGGGUUGGGGCCAUAUGGAGAAAGGCACAUUCAGCAUCUGCUCCAUUCAUAGUCCUGCCCCCAGCUGUCUUCUGCAUGCCAUAAUAUCCAGGUUUCUCCUCCCUCUGGGCACUCUCAUAUUGUGGCAGGCAUCCACUGACACUCCUGAGAACCUCCUUCACAGCCGGGUACCCUAGGGAUGGGAAACAAGGCCUCUUCCCAAGCAGGAAGUGAGGGAGGAAAGAGGGGGGAAAAUCUGUCUUUGCUCUGACCUACAGUCAUCGAAGUCAGGGAGGACCAGGGACAGGCAAUGGAGACUGCUGGUCUUGAGAAGCUCCAUGAGCUUGUCAUUAUAGCCCCAGACAACCGUCACUUCAACUCACUGUGGCUGCAGAAAUACCACGUGUCACUUGGAAUGACAGGGCUCCCAGAGAUGGAUGUUUCCACGCCAUGCAAAACCAGGCAAGGGAGUGAUGCGAGCGUAGGCGUGAUGACUUAAUUUAUGUGAGUGUCUUCAAGGCUUUUCCUGUGUGCCAGAGCUGGCUGGCAGUGCUGAUCCAAGGCAUCUCUCUGUAGAUGAUCUUGUUCACCCGCCCGUGAAUGGCUUUACUGCACAGGACGGGCUCUACUUCAAAUAUGAACUCAUUAGUACAGGAUUGCUGUUCCCAAGUAAUUACAGCAGCUGAUCCCCCUGGCUGAACAAAGCCCAGCCAACAGCUCAGGUGAGAAACCCUGCUGGCUCCAGAGGGGUGGUUAGACAAUUAGGAAUGCCUAGGGGCGUGUUAUUUGCAUGAAUUGCCAUCUUGGUAGCAGACCAGGUGUACUCUUCCUUCGUCAAAGUGUCCUCCUUGCCCAAAAGGCUUCAGGGACUGAGACAUGGUCAAGCAAGGUGUGGAAGCACUGCCACCAAGGGCUAGUGGGCCACUGAGGGCCACAGCUCACAGUAGGGUCACCCGCUAGCACUAUGUGGAGGGGAUGUCCCUCUGACGGUGGGAAGAUGGGCUUCUGCCCAGGCCUGAGCUUACUCUCUGGGGCUGCAGGACCAGAUACUGCUGUUGAAGUAUCCCUCUUCUGACCCUCCCUCUUCUUCCCUACUGUGGCACUGGAGCUGGGCUUGCAACACCCAUCCCAUAAGGGGAAUCACAGGUCCUUCCACGGGUGACAAGGGCAAAAUUCCUCACCACAAUUCACCUCCCAGACCUCAACAUGUUGGAAGAGGUGAGUCUUCAACCAGCCGAGGCUCCGCAUGGCCCAGGAUGGGAUGUGUCUCCAUCUCAGCCUCAGGGCUGAGGAUGGUGGAGAGGCUGGUCCACAUGCCCACAACUGUCCUUUGGGGCUCAAGGUACCCAUGGCUUGCUGCAGGAGUUGUAGACGCUCCAGUGCUGGGCUCCUAGUUUUCCGCAGCAGGAGGGGUAUCCCCGUGUCGUGAACUGGACAACUCCUCAUCCACAUGCAGCCCUAUGAAGUGACUUUGAGUAACCUUUGUGCGUCUGAAGUGGGGAAAUGAGACAAAGCCAGACCAGGGGACAUUUUGGCGCUGGAAGGACUGCUCGUCAGAGGCAGAGCAAGGAAAAGGAGCAGGACAGUCUGGCUCAUCUCCCAAUUCCUUGGUGGCUGCUGUGGCUCAGUCCUGUGGAUGCACUUGCCCACCGCGGUUGGUGUGGUGAUUUGAAAAAGAAACUCUCAUAUCAAUCCUGUUGAAAAAGCCCCUCUUGCUGCUCAGGUAAGGGCUUCUGCUUUCAUUUCUGCUAGAGCUUCAGCCAGGUGUCUCCUCUGCGGGCUGAUACCCAUGGUUUGCAGAAACAGCAAUUCAAUCCACGUUGGAUUCCUCAGCAGCAGAGUGCCCCUCUGAUCCUCUCUCUAUGGUGUGCAGGGCAUCUUUCCCACGUCCUGCCUGCGGGACUGCCAGUUAUGGUGGGGCAGAGGUUCCCCCCUGCCUGGUCGGCUUGCCUGGGCCUGGGUGGGAUUCGCAGCCCUCUCUGUUCAUGCUUCUCCAUCCUUAUGUACAGGGCAGGGGCUGCGUGUCUUGUCUGCAUGGAGAGCAGAGAGAAUGGAGAUGUAAUAAAUGGCUGUGAAAAUUAAAGAAUAAAGUGAACCCAUUGC